GGAUUAUGCAUCUUUAAAUGCAGAUAGACAUUCAAAUUCACUAAAAAUUUUUAGUAUUAACUGUAACUGUCAAACAUAUUGUUUUCGAAAGUGACUAAGCGAAGUUUAUAAUUAUUUCCAUUUUUAAAGCGUUUUAUACUGCUUAAACAUGGACCUCCCUUCACUUAAACCCAAACCAGAUGUUGCUGAAAAAGUUCAGAUUAAAGAAACUGGAGAUUUUUCUGUGUAUAAUACCAUGACUGAUGGAUUUAUGUCUGUUAGAGGCCAGUUGUGUAGUCCUCAUGCUCUAGAACAAAGUGAAAAGAAGUUCAAACCUAAUGCUGAAAAAAUGAGAUUGGCUUACCUGCAAUCUUGUCAAGGAAUUCAUGCACCUUUAAGAAUUAUCUACGAGAAGAAUGCUGUGAAAAAGACUCAAAGACUCCCCUUUCUUCCAAGUUCUAAUAUAGCUUUAGAGACUCUUGAAGGGAGAGAUGAAUUUAUUGAUUUUGAUGAUUACAUCUUUACUGAUCCCGAAGAAGGAAUUGAAUCAAUUGCAUCACCACAUAUGGUUAUGGAAAAAGUAUUGUUUUCUCCAAAGGAUUAAAAGAGCAUGUACUUGUUU